AGUACGGGAGGGAGCGGAGAGAGAGAGAGAGAGACAACACUGCGGGUGGAAAUGGCCGGAAGAAAUCGUCUCCCGCAUAGUCUGCGAGAGGUGCCAUAUCACGGGAGACCCCUUCCCCAUCCCUCCCUAAUGGAAGAGCCCUUACCCCUCCACCAUCGCGUCCCCUUAUCCGCCGGUGCUGGUCGGCCCCACCCAGCGAUCAUCGAAGAACACCUCGUCGCUCAGAACCGCGAGAUACAGGCCCUCCUCCUCGACAAUCAACGGCUUGCGGCGACCCAUGUCGCCCUCAAACAGGACCUCGUCGCCUCCCAGCAGGAGCUUCGCCACUUAUCGGCGGCUGCUACCAACGUGAAGGCCGGGAGAGACGCCGAGAUACGAGAAGUCUACGAGCGGUCCUUAAAGAUGGAGUCGGAAAUCCGAUCAAUUGAUGCUCUUAAUGCGGAGUUGGCUCAGGUCAGAGUUGAUGUUCAGAAAUUGAGUGCUGCUAGGCACGACCUCACUGCUCAGUUGCAGGCCAUCGACAGUGACCUCGCACGAGCCCGUGCGGACUUGCAGCAGGCGCCCGCCAUCAAGGCCGAUAUCGAAUAUAUGCGUCGCGAGAUACAAAGGGGAAGGGCUGCUAUUGAGUACGAGAAGAAGGUGCAUGCUGAAAAUCUGGAACAUGGUCGGGCGAUGGAGGGAAAUAUGGCUUCCAUGGCUCGUGAAGCUGAGAAGUUACGCGCUGAGCUUGCAAACGCGGAGAAGAGAGCUCGUGCAGCUGCUGCUGCAGGGAACCCCGGUCCUGAAUUUGUUGGAAAUUAUGGAAAUCCCGACAUGGGGUAUGGAGGAAGUUUAUAUGCUGAUCCUCAUGGCAUGCACCAGAACCAGGUUCAAGGUGGUGUUGAUGCUGGCCCUCAAUAUGGGUCUGGAGCGGGAAUCCAUGGUUCUUAUGAUAUACAGCGAACUCACAUUCAUAGAUGAACACCCUGUUGGUGUUGUGACAAUCUGGCGUCAAAGUCUGUUUUUGUUUUGGGGUAGUUGGGAUCAGCUCAGGCUUCCAUAGUGUCUUCAGGUUCUGUUGGAGGCACUUUCAUAGUUUCAUGUUUGCAAGAAUAUAUGUGACUAUGUGACUAUUUUUAUGUCCUUAACUUUUCAUCGACUUAUAAAGAUGGGCUUUGUGUGAAUUAAAA